UUUCUAAUCCUCUCUUCCGCGAGAUUGCAAACAGAGCGAGAGCGUGGCCUCUCUGCAAUUGCAAAACCUAACCCUUGUUGUCACAGGAACUUGGCAUCUCUCUGAUCUUCUUAUCUCUGCAAAUCAUAUUCAUAUACAUAUAUAUAUAUAUAUGCACAUCCAAGGAAUGAGCCUUUAUGUGUCAUCGUCUUCGCUUCAUCCUCCGAAUAGUACUGCCGCUCGCCUUGUGUUUCGAAGCUGUAAUGUUUCACUCCCGCUGUUCAGUUGUUCGCGACCAAUUUUGAUCACCACCAGCUCCAAAAACCCUAGCAGAUCGCGAAUUUCUGCUUCCGUUGCUGACAGUAGCCCAAUUCACGUCUCCUGGUUCUCUCCCGACCCAACCGGACCGGAUGAUUACGGUGGCUGGGCUGUUGCUGAAGCUCCGAUUCAUAGGGGAAAGAAAGGGGGUUUGCGUUCAGUUCUUUUGGUGGGAAUUGGGACCUCAAUUGCUGCUUUACUUGCCGCAUUUUCUUACUUUUCACUCUCUGGAAGAGGUCUUUCAAUACAAUUCAGCAGUCCAUUGCCUGCUAUAUAUGGGGUUUUACGGCCAUCUGUAAUGAAUGAAGCCGUAGAGAGUGGAACUACAGGCUAUGAUGCAUUUCCGGGAAAUGCUGUGGUUCCUGAGGCAAAUUUGGAGUGGGUAUCCAAUUCUGCUGUUGAAACUGUGGCUAUGGAGACACAUCAUAAGGGACAAGAAGGAAAGCUUGGGCGAAUUAUGAUUCCAGUUGCUGUGGAUUCUACUCAGCAGGAAGCUUUGCUUAUCCUGAAGAAACUGAAGAUUAUUGAUGAUGAUGUCAAGGCAGAUGAAUUGUGCACUAAGAGGGAAUAUGCUAGAUGGUUAGUUCGAGUAAAUUCACUGCUGGAAAGGAAUCCAAAACGUCGGAUCAUUCCAUCAGUUGCACUCUCUGGCUCUAUAUUUACUGCAUUUGAUGAUGUGAAAGUUGAAGACCCUGAUUUUGUGUCAAUCCAAUCCCUGGCUGAAUCUGGCAUUGUUCGCAGCAAGCUAGCAGGUAAGAAGUCAAGUUCUGAUCUAGAUGAUUCAAAAGGCCAAGGAGGGGUCUAUUUUUUUCCUGAGAGGUUCAUACCUCGUCAGGAUCUCAUAGAUUGGAGAGUUCAGCUAGAAUAUGAAGCCAUGCAAGGAAUGAAUGAGAAGAUUUUACAAUCUGACUUAUUUACAGUCCAGAUAUCAGCAACCGACCUGGAUUUUAUGGACACAAGGGAGAUCACUUCAGAUGCAUCGCCUGAGCUAUUUGUAGAUAUGCUGGCUGGUGACGAGAGUAUACUCAGAAAAGUUUUUGGAAGAGGAAAAAGGUUUCAGCCAAACAAACCUUCAACAAAUGCACAAGCAGCAGUUGCACUGACGAGUGGUAGGAUGGCAGAAGCAAUACGAGCUGAACUCAUAAGUCUGGAUGCUGAGAAUUCUUCAAGGCAGAAAGCAAUGGAAGAAAUUAGGUCUGAGCUUCUUAGCAGAGUUGAUAUACAGAGACAUUGGGACAGAAAGAAAGAAGAGGAGAAAACUCGUGGUUUUGAGGUGCAGAGGGCUUUUCUUGCAGCAAUUCAUGACUUGGAGCAGGAGAAGGGUCUUCAAGAGAACAGUUUAGCGGAUCGUUUGAAGAAGAAGGCAACUGUGGACUGUCAGAAGCAGCUGCUUUUUAGUCUCAAGGAAGAAGUUAGUGAGAUGUCAAAGAGGCUUGCAUGUGAGAAGGAUAAGUAUGAAAUUGAACAUCGUAAUUUACAGGAUACACUAAGUAAUUUACAGGUCAAGCUGGAUGAAACAUCUGACACGAAGUCAAUAUUGGAAGCCGAAAUAGAAGCCCUGGGGAUACUCAGAUCUUGGAUUGAGGAAGAAGCCAGGAAAAGCCAAGCCCGUGCCAAGGUGCUCGAGGAGGUGGGACGAAGGUGGAAGUGGGGUGACAACCAAGCGUGAUUUCCAUUAACAGUAGAGUUCUACUGGAAAAUUACUUGAAGAAUUCCUUGAUGGAGGAUUACCUCAUAGAUCUCCAGUGAUUGUCAUGCAUGAAUGUGCAUUGACAUUUGUGUUUAUAGCGGGCCAUAUAUCAGUACAAAGGAACGAAAGGAAACGGAAAAGAUAAUUGUAAUGUUUCCUGAGGCCGCUUUGUUCUUCGAUCUGUCAUGGUGCCUAUGGGAAAAGGGAUGCAGAUUGUUCUUGCUGCUUCACUGCCUACAUUUCUUAAAGUGCAAGUGUAUGUGCAUUCACAUAUGGACUUGAGGACAAAUUGUAACACAUUCUUGAGGUGAAGUUGCAUUCAGAUUUUGUGUUUGAAUGUUGUCCGUGUUGAACUGAACUUAUGUGCCAUUGUUACUCUUCGGAUUGGAUCUUGCAAGAAACAAACAAUCAAGAGUGGGAUGCAUGAUGUAUAUGCCCCUUUCUCUGAAACAUUGGAUGAGGAUUAGGGAAUUGGAUGGUAUAUGUAACAUGAAGUUGGGAGUGUUCCAAGCGUUUUAUCAUUCUCGUGGAGACCUA